CGGCAAAAAAUUAGAAAUUUUGGAACAAGAUCCACUUAUUCUACAGACUGUUAAUGCCAUCGUAGAAUUAUCACGAUUUAAACUUGGUACAAUAGCCAAUAAUCUUACUCAACUUUUGGAAACUGUUUCACAGUCAACGACUAUAAUAUCUGAAAUCCCUUCAGAAGUUUUACAAUCCCAAUUAUUUAUUCUAAAAAUUUUAUCCGCCUGCACUACUCACCAUUGGAAGUUUUAUCGAGGAACUCUACAAAAAGAGUUAGAAUCAUUACCAAGAACUUCUUUGGAUACCGACAUUUCUCCAACUUCUCCAACUGCACGUAAUGAAAUUCCAUCUAUAAAUAAUGAUCAACAAUCUGCUCCUCCUACCCCUAAUCUUAACGGCAAUGCCAGAAAUUUUAGACCCCCAAAAUCUUGGGAUGAUCCUCCUCAAUUAGAAGAAGCUUUAGCAACUUAUAUUUUAAACGUUUUAUCUAAAUUUCAUCAUUUAAUGGCUAAUCAAGAUGAAAGCAUCUCUAAUGGUGGUGCUGUAAGUGUUAGUGGUGUUGGUCGAUCUGAUGCUUUCGAAAUUAUUAGUGAGAUUUAUAAAAAUGCUGGAAGAGUUAUUUUUUAUAUAAGCGCUUCCAAUUGGAAUGUGGUUUUUUCGAGAAUUAAACAUACAAUUGCUCGUUUAGCUGCUGCUGGUGAUAAUUGGACUGAAACUGCUGAAUUGAAAUUGUUGGAGGUUUCCGAUCUUAAUUCAAGACGAUUAUCUAUGGUAUUACAAGAGUUAUGUGAUUCUAUAAGCAAUUUGAAAAAACCGGCUCAAAUUGUAAUGGCAACUGUUCUUCGUAAAGCUAUUUGGAAUUGGAUUGAAGUUUUUCCUGCUGAAUUUGUUACUUUAUGUCAAACUCAAAAGCGAAUGGGUGGCAAUCCUGAAAAACUUUUUGAGAUUUGUAAUAAUUUAGCUCAUAAUAGCCAUAAAGCGUUCUGGCCACUACAAACUAUGUUGUUGAUUUUAUGUCCAGACCUUUUAUUUAGUGCUGCUAUGUAUGAUAAGACAUCUAAUUUGAAUAAAAAGGCUCAAUUUUUGGAGACACUAAAAAACGCAUUAAAGGGCAAAAUUAAAACUCCAAAAUUACCCGAUAUAGCUGCAAUAUGUUAUGUUGAUAUUUGUAAAGCAUCCACCUAUGUCAAUAAUAACGAUUCAUCAACUCUUCGAUUAAUCGUACCAGACAUUGAACAAGAAUUGAAGUCAAGAUUAUUUAAUCCUGCAAAACCAUUUCCAGACGAGAAAAAUGUGGAUCAUAGACUUAUGACCGAUUGUCUAACUGCUUUAUUUAGGCUAAAUCCUCGUAAAACUCAAGAAUCUUUAAUCCCACUAUGUUUACAAGAUAAUGCUCCCAGUGCUUUCAAGUUGGUUCUUGUUAAGAGUUGUAAUUCUAUUGCUUCAGAGGAAAAUAGGCUUCCAUGGAAUUUGCAAAUUUCAUCAAUGCGCUCAAUGUUGGCAACACCUCUUCGUAGACUGUUUCAUGAUAUAAUGUCAAAUGGGGACAAAGCAGCUUGGCGUCAUAAUAGAACCGAGAUUAUUCUUAACCUUUUGAGGUUAUAUCGAACUGACCCUAAACUUGCUAUUGUGGGUAAAGAAGCUCGUGACCAAUCAAAGGAUAAUCAAUUGAUAAUUCUUGCUAUCAAUAAUUGCUUGAAUGAGUCAAAUGUUUCUAUUCGAACUGCCGCGGCUGAAACUUUAUUAGAAUUUCUUAAUGUGGAGCUUAUUGACCUAUGGGGAUCUCAAGAUAAUAAAAUGCAACAAUUUUGGCAAAUAAGUUCUCAAAUAACUCUUUCAAUUGCAAACUUGAUAUUAAAAUCAAAAGAACGAGAUACUGUUGCUAAAGAUAUGUUGGAUCUUUUAUCGCAACUAUUAGUUCGUCGUAAUGAAUUUUUGAAAGCUCGUAAAGACAAACCAUUAAAAGAAAAUAAUGUUGCUCUUCGUCACACUUCAAACAUAAGACUAGAAAGUGCCUUAUUAAUAAUGUUAUGUUCGCCUGAUCCUGAUAUUUGUUUAACAGCUGUAAAUUGUUUUGGUCAAUUAUGUUUGGAAGCUGAACUUACUUCUGAAAAUCUUGCUAAUGAUAUGGAAGCUCCACCUGAGUUUCCUCCUUCACAAAUGACUAUCGUUGAUAAUUGGAACGUUUAUAAAGAAUUAUCUACUAUACCAUAUCCAGUACCUGGUAGAAUGGCUCAGCAAAGACGAAUUAGGAAAUUGUUAAGGUCAAUGACUCAGCCUAAUGCCGGUAAUCUUGGUGCUUGGGAAGAAGCUUCGACUAGGUGGCAAAGGCUCACUCAAUUAAUUGUGAAUGCUUUUUCUGAUCAAAGUCAAGACCAAUUGCAACAGGCUCAAUUUACUGAAUGGUUAAACUAUACAGGAUUCCUUUCAGCAUUAGGUGGAUGUUGUGUACAUGAGCGCUUAAGAAACACACCCCCUCGUUUUGGCGAAUAUUCCCGACGUACAUCAGUUUCUCCCAAUGAUUAUCAUGCUAUGGUCGAAAAAUAUGUUCAAGAAAUGGUUGGCCUUCUUGUGAGCGAAUCUAGCUUUGUCCGUGAAAAUGUUAAGGACAUUCUUGGUAGUGAAUUAAGUCCUCGUCUUUAUGUUAUUUUAUUUCAACAUUUAGACUCUAUUGUAUCUCAUUUUUUUGAUAAUGAUGGACAAGUGAAUCCAAAUGAUCUAUGUACAUUAUUUGUUGAACAAGCAAUUUUGGUGUUAAAAUUAAUAUUAGAAAGAAUAUAUGAUUUAUCUGAAAAUUUAUAUGCUUGCGAUGUUGGCAAUUUAGUACUUUCAUUUGCAAAGUAUUUAAAUAGAUUGAGUGCUAAUCAAGUUUCAUUAAGGAUUAAGAAACGAAUGUGUGUACUUGUAGAAUUAUUAAUGGAAAAAAAAGAAUAUGUUAGUUUAAGACUGGAAAUUAAAUUAAGAAAUAGGUUGUUGGAAAUUAUUAUUGAAUGGACUUCUGAUUACAAUGUGAAACCUGAUUCCCAAAAUGGUACAGAAUCAAGCAUGAGUGGUGGUGCUAACAGAAACGAACGUAUGCACCGUGAUUUAGACCAAGCAUGUUUAAAAACAAUUGUUUCAUUGUUACAUCAGUUGCCCUUACAACCCAGUGAUUUAAUUCAUGAUGUGGACUUGAGCCAAGUUAGGUCGAGGUUAUUUCAAAAAUAUUUUAAUUUCUUUAUAAAGCUGUUGAAUCGCUGUAGGAUUUUAGAAGCUAUUGAUAGUGGAACACAUUCUGCAAAGAACAAUGAAGAUUUACAAAUGUUGCUUUCUAAGUCUAAAGAAUAUGUAAAAGACCUAGGUCCUUUAAAAGAUUACACGAUAUUAGCAUUAUCAAAACUUUUGAGUGCUAAUGUAGAUUCCGGUCUGAGAUAUUCCAUUUCAAUGGCUUAUCAUGAAGAUACUAAAACGCGAACUGCGUUUGUGCAAGUAUUGACGAAUAUUUUAAAUCAAGGUGCAGAGUUUGAAGGAUUGGGUGAAAAUGCUGUUAAGGAUCGUUAUGAACGGCUUGUUGAGAUGGUAACAAAUUCAUUUGAAGUAGCACUAUCGCUUUGUGAAGCAUGCCCUCAGGGAGAUACGGAUGAACUUGCACGUGUUUUAACUGCAGUGUUUGAUUCAAAAAAUAAAAUUUUACCAUUUUUAAAUUAUUUAAUUGAGUUAGAAGUGAAAAAUAAUCCUCAUGAAGAAGAAAUAUUUCGAGGUAACAGUUUUGCACUGAAAUUAUUAUGCGCAUUCGCUAAAGUACAUGGUGGAGAAUAUUUACGAGCAACGCUUCAGCCACCUAUAAAUGAUUUAUUAUCCAAAUCUGAUGAUUUUGAUUGUGAACUUAAUCCUGGAAGAUAUACAACUACUGAAUUCGAAAAAAAUAAAAUGAAUUUAAAGGCUACUAUUGAAACAUUCUUGGAUGCUAUUUAUUCUUCUACUAUGAUGCCCAAUUCAUUUCGACAUGUGUGUUAUAAUAUUGCUAAAAUAGUUGAAAUGAAAUAUCCACAAAAAAAACACACAGCAGUUGGAGCAUUUAUAUUCUUAAGAUUUUUUAACCCUGCGAUCGCAUCUCCAGAUAAUGAAAAUAUUUGUAAAUCUAUAGAAAGUCAAAAGACUCGCCGUACAUUAUUGUCUGUUACAAGGGUUAUUCAGACAAUCGCCAAUAAUGGUGUUAGAAAAGAAUCGCAUAUGAAUGAUUUAAAUGAUUUUAUUGCUAAUAAAAUUGAGAGAAUGAAUGCUUAUUUGGAAAGAAUUUCUCAAUUGCCAAUAUCAACACCAACUUCUGAAUUUAACACCAUUGAUACACCACCUAGAAGGUUAGACGAUGCUGACCGGAAAAUUUUACACAAAUUUUUACACGACAAUCUUGAAAGGAUGUAUAAAGAACUUCAGAACCGCCGAUCUAAAUCUUUUGGACAGCCUAAUGAUGAAUCAGCUCAGGCAACUGCUCAAGCUAAUAAAGCAACGUUGGACAAUAAAGCAACGUUGGAUAAAAUAGCAACAUUACUAGCACAAUUAGAACCUCCAAUGGAAACUCAAAAGAAAGAGUUCUUUAACGUUAAUGUACAAUCGUUUGCACCAAAUAAUCAAUUCUUUCUCGACUUUAUGAAAAGGAAUUUGCAUAGAGGCACUGAAGUGAUUUCUAACAAGAAUAUAUUUUAUGAAGGUGGGAUGUCGUUGCAACGACGCCCUGUCUUUUAUUACAUUGCUAGACGACUUAAUGCUGAAGCUACAGAUCUUGAUUUGUUGAUGUAUUAUGUGCUUCAAACUAUUGAGCCGCAUAUGACCAGACCAUUCGAAAUUUUAAUAGACUUAACUAAGUUCGGUCCAUCUAAUGAAGUCCAAUCGCAAUGGGUUCAACAAUUCGUACAAGUAUUUCCAUAUGAUGCCAGCGAAAAUAUUUCAGCUAUUUAUUUAUACAAUCCCAACAGUGCAUUCAAGAAGUUUGCGAAAAGAUUGCCAAAACCAUUAACUCCUUUUCAUGUAAAGAAAGUGCAUUUUUGUUGUUCAUUAAAUGAACUUUCUCAAUAUAUUUCUCAUAAUGAAAUGAGACUUCCGAGUUCGACAACUCAACUUGACACGGAUCAUAGUGUUACCUAUGCGAAUGUUAAUAGAGUAUCACAUUAUAGAUCACAAGUUCCUGUAACUAUGAAGAUUAGUAAUGAACACGUUCAAGUUUUAACGCUACGAAGGCAAGAACUGUUUAAUGGGCUAAGUUCGACUCUUAAUGAUGUUUAUCAAAUUUCGGAAAUUGAAGAUGUCAGUAAUUCGCCACGUAAAAAUAAUGAAGGCGAGUUUAUUAUUAAACAAGACCGUGGUAGACCAGCGAUUGCAUUCACUAGCCCAAGGAAAGAUCUUAUCAUGCAAGCUAUUAGAACUUCAAAGGCAAGAUAUCAAAUAGUUAAACCAACUACUGUGACCGAAAGUGUACUUAGACCAAACGGUGUCCCAGGAACAUUAUUAAACAUGGCUCUAUUGAACAUAGGAAGCGAUGAUCCUAAUCUGAGACUGGCAGCUUAUGAUCUGCUAGUGGCUUUAAGCCUCAAUUUCAAUUUUGAUGUUGGUAACCAGCUGCUGAGUGCUAAAGGAUUAUGCAUUCCGGCAAAUAACACUACAUUUGUUCAACAUUUAAGUGAAAAACUUGCAUUAUCGGAAACACAUCUAACUUUAGAAUUUCUUAACGAAGUAUUCGUUGGUUUUGGCAAAUCAAAUCCGUCUCAAAAACAUUUAUGUCUUCAAUAUAUGGCACCUUGGCUUUCAAAUUUAGCAUUUUAUGGUAAAAAUGGUUCUGAAACCCAUAAUAGUGUUGCUGAUACAAAAAUGAUCUUGACCAAAUUGAUUGAUUUAACAGUUCGAGAGACAGAGAUGUAUACUGCAGUUCAAUCGAAUAUAUGGCACACAUUAAAAGGAGUUGACGAAAUUACAAAUUUAAUAAUUGAUACAUUUGUAGAGUAUGCUGUUAAAGUUGGUAUAGGAACAACUCAGGCGGAGAUAGUUGCAAACACAAUGGUUACUUUGUCAUCAGUGAAUGUUCGUGGAAAAAUUAUUGCACGACUAAGAAAUACUAUUGCAAAAACAUCGCAAGAUCAUACAAGAAAUCUGACAGAUAAUCCAGCGUGGACUGAAAUUGCCGUUUUAAUUAGAUUUAAUUUAAUGUUAUCAUUCAGCAAUCGUGUAUAUGUUCAACUCUACUUACCGGAAUUGUUCCAUAUUAUUUCUAUACUUAUCGCGACUGGACCACCGUUAAUAAGAGCAUCCGUUCAUGGUCUUAUAGUCAAUUUGGUACAAUCGUUGUGUACGGCACAACCUUUGGCUCCUGAUAAUUAUAGGCGAUUAACAUUAUUGUUGACUGAAUUGUCUGAACCUAACUUUAAAUUCUUUUUCGGAUUAAACCAUUCUCCUGGUAAUGCUUUUUUGAUUUCGGCAGAGUCUACGCGUGAUAUGCCAGAUACUAUGCCUCUUAGUUCUCUAGAAACUGUAAUUCAAGCAUUGUUGGAAGUUAUUAUUUGUGGUGCACCUUCUAUUGAUAUAUCAAAUGCAUGGAGAGCACGGUGGAUGGGACUCGUUGCAAGCACAGCUUUUCAAAACAAUCCUGCAAUUCAACCGCGUGCAUUCGUAGCGUUGGGUUGUUUGGCACGUGAAGAGGUUGAUGAUGACUUAUUGUAUCAGAUAUUGGUCGCGUUAAAGAAAGCAUUGACCUCAUUUUCGGAAAACGAUUGUUCACUUAUAAUCAGCAUAAUCAUGUGUCUGACAAAAAUUGUUGAGAACCUUGAUACUGAAUCUCGAUACCUUGAAUAUAUGUUUUGGUUAGCAAUGUCAUUAAUUCAAAUAGGGCAUAUACCAAUAUUUCCAAGUGCUGUGAACUUUCUUCAAGUAGUAUUGAGAUCAUAUGAUAUGAAUGACUUUUUUGGCAACGAAGAUAUAGCAACUAGAUUAUUAAGAACACGAACGAAGUUAGCUAGUGUAUCAGCAGAAAUGGAUAUGGAAGCGGGGAUUAAUUAUGAACAUUUUUCGUUUGCCGUCGCGGCAGCUCUUUUAAAGGGUUUGAAAAAUCCAACGACAAAAUCAAAUACCCAAGCUGUACUAACUACAUUUUUGGACAUUGCCUCAAAGGGUAUAGACCCUGAUUUAAAUUUGAUCCAUUCUUCAAUGCUAGGUUAUCUAGCGGCUUUAUUACCAUUAUCUGCAAAAAACGGGGAUAUGAAAGAGUUGCUAUGGUUAUGUGGAAUAUUCGACAUGGACAUUGAUAAUUCAGAACUAUCUACUACUUAUUUCCCAAUAUUUACGAAGCUUGACAUACCUGAUAACAGAACAGCAUUACUUUUAGUUUCAUUGAUGGUUACCAUGCUCCAGAGUGCUGAACAUGAACCAGAACGAUUGUUUUUAUAUGGGUUUCUGGCGGAAUCCGCGACUAUGGUGCCAGAAGUUUUUUCUUUAUUUGACACAAUCGCGAUAUUAGAUUCCGUGCAGUCCAUAUUACUCGCCGUUGCUUCUAUACCGCAAUUAGCAAGACCACAAGAAAAUCAUAUUUCAUAUUUGGAAGAGGUCAAGUUUAAUCAUUUGAUGGAUUGUGGAUCGUUUCAGUCAGUCACCAGAGAUAAGAUGAAAAAUUAUGCUAGAUUGGCUAGUGAGUUGGUGGAAUGUAUUAUUCGUCCAUGA